AUGGGUGAUGAAAACAGAAAAAGAACGCAUAAUUAUUGGAACAACAAAGUCAAACAAAAUUCUGUGGAACCUGGCGCUAGCGGUCUAUUUUUCACAUGUGAAGGUCGCGAAAAACAAGCUGUUUAUGAAGCUUAUUCUAUUAUUGACGAAUUCUUGGACGAUUACUCCAAUGGAAUCAGCACAUCAAAUCCAAACAUUGUAAAUGAAGAUGAUUCCCAAAAUUCUGAUGAAGAUAUUGCAGAUGCGUUGAAGAAGGCAUGCAACAAUGAAAGAAAAUCGAAAUUAAAACAUGAGAAACGUCGACGCUGUAUACAAAGACCAACAGGAAUAAAGAAUUGCAUUUUCAUCAGUGUGAAAGAUGCUAACAUAAAUCUUCUCGCCGAGAAAAUGGUUGAUUUGGCUCAAAAAUCUCCAAGAUGCCGUUGUCUUCACCGAGUAUUGCCAGUUGAGUAUACGGCACAAGUUGAUAUCAACAAGUUGAACGAAAUAAUUAUGAAAAUUGUCUCUGAAAACUUGAAACCACGAGAAAAUGGAACAUUGCCGACAUAUUCUGUUGAGUUUAAAACCAGAAAUAAUGAUAGAAUCGAUAAGAGCACAAUUUUGGGUAUGGUGAAUGAUGCGGUUUCAGCUUUUGCUCCGAACGCAAAAGUGAAUUUAAAUCAUGCGGAUAUCACAUUUUAUAUUCAAUUGUGCCGAAAAACUAUAAUGGCUGGAAUUUGUCGUAGUUUUUAUGAUCGUAAAAAGUAUAGCAUGCGGCCGACGAAAAACAUUGGAGACGCGCCUGACACCUCCUAA